CCCUAUCCUUUAUUUCCUCGAGUUCUUGGACAUGAAGGAGUUGGCAUGAUAGAAAGUGUGGGAGAAAAUGUGACAAAUCUAAAAGAAGGAGAUAUAGUAAUGCCACUUUACUUGGGAGAAUGCAAAGAAUGUCCAAAUUGCAAGUCAGGAAGGUCCAAUCUAUGUCACAAAUAUCCCUUGAACCUUUCUGGUCUAAUGUUGGAUGGCACAUCAAGAAUGUCCAUUCAUGGAGGACAAGUAUUAUACCAAAUUUGUAGUUGCGCAACUUGGUCGGAAUAUACAGUUAUUAAUGCCAACUACGUAAUCAAGGUUGAUCCUCAGAAGAUUCCGCUUCAACAUGCUAGCUUGCUUUGUUGUGGAUUUACAACAGGUUAUGGAGCAACAUUCAGAGAAGUUCAUGUUGAAAAGGGCUCAACUGUUGCUGUACUAGGUCUUGGUGCUGUUGGACUUGGAGCGAUUGAGGGAGCUCGAAGUCAAGGGGCAUCGAAAAUAAUUGGUGUUGAUAUAAACGAAUCGAAACGGGGAAAGGGAGAAGUGUUUGGAAUGACGGACUUCAUUAACCCUAAAGAAUCCAGGACAUCAGUUUCUGAGAUGAUAAAAGAUGUUACUGAAGGUUUAGGUGUUGAUUAUGUUUUCGAAUGUACUGGGAUUCCAUCCAUGCUUAAUGAAGCCAUUGAAGCCUCAAAAUUGGGAAUUGGAACAAUUGUUGUAAUUGGUGUAGGACAUGAACUGACUAGGGAAUUCAACUUAGUUUCCUUAUUAUGUGGUCGAACAUUGAAAGGUUCAGUCUAUGGUGGAAUAAGACUUCACUCAGAUCUUCCUGCUCUACUUCAUAGAUGCGCAAAUAAGGAGAUUCAACUAGAUGAGCUUAUAACUCAUCAAGUUUCGUUGACUGAAAUCAACCAAUCAUUUGAGUUAUUGAAAGAUCCACAUUGUGUCAAGAUUAUUAUCAAGUUCUAAGAAAUUAAACCAAUUUUAUCACAGAUUGAAGACUUUAAUAUCAAAAAUAACAAUGCAGAGUUAAAUUAUUUACUCAAUUCUGAAAGUGGUUUAAUUCAUGCACCAUAUGUUGUAUGUGUAUUAUAAGCAAAUAAAUAUUGUAU